AUGUCCCAGUUUGCAGCUGGCAUACUGCAAGUUUUAGAUGCUGUUGCAUAUGAUGCAGAUAAGUACAAGCAUAUAGUGUCCAAUACCCACGCUGACUACAUGGUAUCCUUGAUUGUGUCUGAAAAUGUUACGUGUGUCGAACCUCUAACUGCUAAGAAGAACAUAAAGAAGAUGAUGAUUGAGGAGAAUGAAACAUUAGAGAUCCUCUCCAAAGUGUCAGAGAAGGACUUUGAGAAGGUGUGCAUGAACUACAAGUUCCCUGAUUUCCAUGGGCUUCUCAAAAAGUUGAAAGAGAUGAAGAAGAAAGUGGAGGUUGAGCCUUUGUGUUCCCAGUAUUCCCUGAGAAAUAUGAAGCAGAUGGGUAAGAAAUAUAUGCUGUGUGUUACCAACAUGAAUGAAAAAUACCUGGGCGUCCACAAUUUUCUUGAGGCUGGCAAGAAACUCUGUUAUAUUCAGAGCGAUAGGUGCUUUUGCCACUGUGAAGGGUGUAUGUGUGAUAUUCUUGCUCUAACUGGGGAUCGUGCCAAACUCUGUGUCAUCCUGAAUGAUGAGAAGGUGGAAGGAGUGUGGUUCAAGGAUGGCAAGUAGAUUAUGGCCGUGAGAGGGAUCUAGAUAGUGUAGCAGGGAGCCAUCUGCAAACUCAUCAUUGACAGGCUGGGAGAGAAGCAAGAAGGGAGGUACACAUUCAGCCAAGGGACAGAGCAACAGUUGCCAUUGCAGAUUCUCCUGUUAUUGAAGAACCUGUCCUCAAGCUUUUUGCUGCACACUACGAAGACUGAGCAUACUGCAAGCAUCAAGGUGCCUUAAGGCAAAGUCUUGCCUUGUGCAGUCACAUGGUUCAGAGAUGGUGUUGAGCUGACAGAGAAAGGGGUGAUGGAGAAAACUAGUGACUGGGUUACAACCAAAAAGUGUUCAAGAGAAGACAGUAGAGCCUUUGUGCUGAAUCUGAAAAAUGUCUGUGGCUCGGCUUCUGUCAGUCUUUACCUCAGAAUGGUUGACAAACCAAAACCCUCACAGGGGACAGUAAAGUUACUGGAAUACACAGGAAAAUGCACUAUAUUGAGAUGAAAAGCACCCAAAGGCAAUGGCGGAAAGCAGGUGACUCACUUCACCAUCAAGAAGAAGGGGCUGGGGAAAAAAUCUUGAAUCAAAGUAAGGGUGGUGGAAAGUAAAUUCACCACAUUUUCUAUGGGUAAGGUGGAGAAAGAAAAAGCCUACCAAUUCAGAAUAUGUGGAGUGAACUCUGAGGGCCUCCCUGAGCCCCUUGAAACCAGCCUAUUGAUGUCUCAGCUUCAAGUUGUAGAUGUCAGGAAAGAAGCCGUCACCAUCGCCUGGAGCUCCCCAGCCCAGGAUGGAGGCUUUCCAGUGGAAGUCAACAUCAUAGAAAGAAGGAAGAAAGGCAGCAAUCUUUGGGUCCCAGUCACCGAAGAGCCAGUCCAAGGUCAGACCAAGAUUAUUAUGUUUUAUGAUGAAUUCCAUGUGAUAGAUAUCAACCAUGCAGGCCCUGGACUUCCCAGCACACCCUCAACCUGUUGUUGCAAAGAAUCCCAUCAGUAUGUUUCUUUCAGCAUUUAUCAUCUGGUUCCUAAACAUGAGCAGCUCUGUGUUCACAUACACAAGCGUAGGCCUGCAGGUACAGUGAUCCGUCACAGCUCUCCUGCUGUCACGGAGCCUCUAGAACUCAUGAAUGCCCUCCACAUGGUGAAUUUGUCCAGCUCCAGCAUUUUGUUAGCCUGGCAGGAGCCAAACCAGGGAGCUAUGCCAUCAAGAUAUGUACUAGAGGUUCCAGCUUACUAUUCAAGGUUUGAUCUGACUGUGAGGUUGGAGAGCCACAGGGUGGUUUGUUCUGGGAGGGCAGGGUGCAUUCAUACAUCUUUGCCUACUCAUGGUAUGCUGAAACAUGUCAGUACUGCCACAUGGUUCACAGCUGCAGAAAAGGUCUACAGCAACAAGCACUGUCUGACCCUUGAGCUUCAACGGAGCUGUGAUACAUCUGCAAAGACAAAGUUACAUGAGCAGCUGAGGAAAAGCAUCUCCACUUUGGUGGCUGUAGUUGUUUUCUUCAGUGGAAUUGCUGUAGGCCUGGAUCUUACUCCAGGUCUGGAAAUAGCUUCAGUAGCUUCUGUGAGUGACCUGUACAAGGGCAAGAUUAGCAUCACAUGUAGUAAGUCCGAGUUGUGAUUCAGCUCAAGUGGCAUCUGCCUACUAAGGAUCCCGACAACCUGCAGCUGUAAGUUGACCAUCUCUGGAUACAUAUGA